AUGCCGAUGAGCCUGACGAGCAACUUUGACGCUGCGAGGCUACGACUCCCGCAAGCUGCUUUGGCCUACUUUCGCCGGCCUGACGUGGCCAUCGGAAAUUCCGGUGCCAAUCGCAGGUGUGGUACCGAAGCUUGGACCCUUGAGGGCAAUGCCAAAAUCAGCAAAUGCGUGGCUGCGUCACCGCCCUCUGAGCCGUACGAAAAGACCGCCCCUGGUGUUAGCAGUCACGAGCAUCGAUCCUCCGCCGUCUUCGGGCUUCGUAUGCUCGGAACUGCGGCGCGUGGGCGGUCGAGCGACACGGUACAUGGAGCGCAGGCGGGACCAUGCAUCUCUUGCUCAAAUCAUGCGGCUAGGCGUGCAUUGGCCCGUGCUCGGCAGGGCGAGCCAACCAAGGGUACGGUAGGACCCUGA